CUAGCGGACUCUGCCCGGCCGGUCCUCCCGCGGCAUGGCUCCGCUGCGCUUCUCGGCCAAUCUGUCCUGGCUGUUCCCCGAGCUCCCCGGCCUCCCCGCGCGGCUCCGGGCCGCGGGCAGCUCGGGCUUCGAGGCCGCCGAGGUGGCCUGGCCGUACGCGGAGCCGCCCGAGGCGCUGGCGCGCGUGGCGCGGGAAGCGGGGCUGCGGCUGGUGCUGAUCAACACGCCCCCGGGAGACCAGGAGAAGGGGGAAAUGGGGCUGGGGGCCGUUCCCGGGAGACAGGCGGCCUUCCGAGAGGGACUGGAGCAGGCUGUGCGCUACGCCAAGGCUCUGGGCUGUCCCAGAGCCAAACAGGCUGGCAAGAGGAGAUCAUUACUGGUGAGUGGUGGGGGCAAAAAUCACAUGGGAAGACGCCAAGAAGUAGAUGCAGGAGAGAAAGUAGAGACAACUGCAUGGAAUACUGGAGAAAGGAUCCACCUGAUGGCUGGCCGAGUACCGCAGGGGGCUGAUCGGGCUGCAAUCAGGAGUGAGAUGGAGACAGUUUUUCUGGAGAACCUCAGGCAUGCAGCUGGGGUUUUGGCUCAGGAGAACCUCGUGGGACUGCUGGAGCCCAUCAACACCCGUGUCACUGACCCCCAGUACUUCCUGGACACGCCCCAGCAGGCGGCAGCCAUCUUACAGAAGGUUGGAAGACCCAACCUCCAAUUACAAAUGGACAUAUUCCACUGGCAGAUCAUGGAUGGGAACCUGACAGGAAACAUCCGGAAGUUUCUGCCCAUUGUCGGGCACGUGCAGGUGGCACAGGUCCCGGGCAGAGGGGAGCCCAGCAGCCCUGGAGAGCUGAACUUCCCCUAUCUGUUUCAACUGCUGGAAGAUGAAGGCUACCAGGGCUUUGUGGGCUGCGAGUAUCGGCCUCAAGGUGAAGGAGACACAGUGGAGGGCUUGAGUUGGCUACGUUCAUACUGGGAUAGGCAGGGCCACCCACGGGCUGGCCAGUGAGGUCCUGCACGCCGCCCACCCGCCUCGGAGACAGUGAGUCGGCCUCCCGAGUCCUCCUCUAAAUUAAAGACGAUCUGCUCAGUG